UUUCUAUCAAUUGAUUACUAAUAGGAACAUGUGACAACUCGUACCGUAUCUACUGCAAAAAUAUAGGCUUUAAUAUGUUGAAAUGUGAAAUAUAGGCGCGGAAUGUUAUGAAUACGUACGCAUAAAGAGAAAACAAUACGUCAAACUGGAUCAGCAUGAUCAACAGAGUGAUGGCAGAUGUUGGUGGCAGCCCAGUGGCUGAUACUCCACCCUCAAAGGAGGAGAAGCCUGAUGACCUCCCCCAGGACUCCAACAAUGAUGAUGUGAAGUCUGGCGUCAAAGCUGAGGGGGAGGACGAGGCAGCAUCUGACCCCAGCAUGUACCGCUACAUCAAAGAGGACCUCUUCACAUCUGAGAUCUACAAAGUGGAGAUCAGGAAUCUACCCAAGUUCAUCGGCUUUAACGACCUGAAGAAGUUCCUGGCCAAACACAGCCUCAACCCGCACAAAAUCAAGCUGUUUGGCAAGCAGACGUUCGCUUUCGUCACCUUUAAGAAUGAGGAAGAGCGUGACAAAGCCAUGAAGAUGGUUCAUGGCAUGCAGUGGAAGGGCCAGGUGCUGAGCGUAAGGCUGGCCAAACCCAAAGCUGACCCCAUCCUGAGGAAGAGGAAGCAGGGGGAGGGAGAGGGCGCAGCAGGGCAGCCCCCAUCCAAGCGAACAGAGGGGGAUGAGGCAGAGGAGCCACUCAGUGUCCAGAUAGCCAACGUGGUGACUCCUCUGUGGAAUGUGCCUUAUGAGGAGCAGCUGAGGAGGAAGGAGCAGGAGGUGGUGGGGGUUCUGCAGAGGCUGGCCAAAGAGAUUGGCGGCACCAACAAAGCCAUGUUGCCGUGGCUGUUUGCACAGAAAGGGAAAUACAACAAAAUGUGUUGUCCUCUGGAAGCUAUCCGACCAUCUCCUGCACAGACAGAGUACAGAAACAAGUGUGAGUUCCUCAUCUCAGUGGGUGCAGAUGGUGAGGAUAAGACCAUCGGUUUCCGCCUGGGGAAAUAUAAAGGCGGCUCCUGUGCUGUGGUGGGACCGGCUGAGACGUGCCAUGUCUCAGCCGAGGCCAAGAGAGUGGUCAACGAGUUUCAAAAGUUCAUCAGGACAACACCAUACUGUGUGUACAGCCCUGAAACAUAUGAAGGACACUGGAAGCAGCUGACUGUACGGACUACGAGGACCAAACAAGCCAUGGCUGCAGUGUUCUUCAACCCGCAGAAACUUGAAGAGGAGGAAGUCAAUGCAUUAAAGAGCUCCAUGAAGAAGUACUUUACAGAAGGAGAGGGGAAAGACAGCGGAGUAACCUCUCUUUACUUUGUUAGAGAGGGUCAAAGGACUUCUCCUAACGUGGAGGACUUGCCCUGUGAGCUGGUGGCUGGAGAGGGCUGCAUUCAUGAGGAACUCCUAGGUCUAAAGUUCAGAAUAUCUCCUCAUUCCUUUUUCCAGGUGAAUACAGGGGCUGCAGAGGUGCUGUACUCUGCUGUAGGGGAAUGGGCCAAGCUGGAUCAGGACAGCACAGUACUGGAUGUGUGCUGUGGGACAGGAACCAUCGGCAUCUCUCUGGCUAAGAGGGUAAAGAAGGUGAUUGGGAUCGAGCUGUGCCAGGAAGCCGUGGAGGAUGCCAAAGUUAAUGCAAAGCUCAAUGGUCUAAGUAAUGUUGAGUUUCACUGUGGAAAAGCUGAGGAUGUGUUCCCCAACAUUCUCAACGCUCUCGUGUCACCCAACAUCACGGCCAUUGUGGAUCCGCCAAGGGCAGGCCUACAUUCCAAGGUGAUACUUGCCAUCAGGAGGGCAGAGCAUCUGAAGAGGCUGGUUUACGUGGCAUGCAAUGCUAAGGCAGCCAUGAACAACUUCAUCGACCUGUGCAGAGCGCCAUCCAACAGAGUUCAUGGGGCCCCGUUCCGUCCGGUGAGAGCCAUGGCCGUGGAUCUGUUCCCUCAGACCAUGCACGUUGAGAUGCUUCUGCUGCUGGAGAGAGUGGACUACGAGCAGCAGACCAGCAGCACUCAGGAAGAGACAGGGUCUUAGCCUUAGAAUCAGACUGUACAGUUUGAUAGGUAGCAUGGGCUUACCAUACUCAAUGUAUGCACGCACUCAGUGCUCCAAGGAGCCUCGGAAAAGUUUCCUCUGUCAGUUGUUUAAGUAUCAAGCCUUAGUCUUAACUUUAAAGGGUUAGUAAGUUCACCCAAAUAACAGAAUUUACUACUCAUCCAGUGAAGUCAUUAUUUUGUAAUGCAGUAUUUGUACUUCAAAUUAAGUUUGUUAAUACAGUAUUGUACUAAGACUGUGUAGUCCCUCAUUCGUCCAGGAGUGUUCCAUCGUAGAAAAGGUUUCAGUCGUAGUCAUCUGGACACUAUUUUCAGAAUCAAGACAUUUCGGCUCCCAUCCGUCAUCCGAGACUUCCAGAUGGGAGCCAAAACAUCUUGAUUCUGAAAAGUGUCCAGAUGACUACGACUGAAAUCUUUUCUACGACAGUACUGUACUGUAUUUUCUUAACAGAGCUUUAUGGACUGUGUCCCUUUGCCUGUUAACUUGUCAGAUGUUCACUUAAAAGUAGGUUACUCUGAGCUACGUCUUCAGCCCAUAAAGCUACCUAGAUUUAAAUUUUAGUGUUUGGUUUCCUCAAACUGAUACCAUGUUCUACUAUUAAUAGGGACACUGCUGCACAAGUGCAUACUAAGGAGUAAAUAGCUUUACCUAUUACCACCUCAGUUUAAUUUUCUCUUGUUUUGAGUGUUUCAUCAUUCUGCGACUGAAUAAAGCAAAGCCCUUCUA